UCGGGCGAGCGGGACGGCCCGGGGGACGCGCGCGAGCGCCGGUGAUGGGCCCCGCGGCGCGGCUGGCGGCUCUGCUGGCGGUCCUGGCGCUUCGGGCGGGGGACCCAGGGGCGGCCGCGGCGCGCGGGGACACGUUCUCGGCUCUGACCAGCGUUGCGCGCGCCCUGGCGCCGGAGCGCCGGCUGCUGGGACUGCUGCGGCGCUACCUGCGCGGGGAGGAGGCGCGCCUGCGGGACCUGACCAGAUUCUAUGACAAGGUGCUUUCUUUGCAUGAGGACUCGGCCACCCCUGUGUCUAACCCUCUGCUUGCGUUUACUCUCAUCAAACGCCUACAGUCUGACUGGAGGAAUGUGGUACAUAGUCUGGAGGCCAGUGAGAACAUCCGAGCUCUGAAGGACGGUUAUGAGAAGGUGGAGCAGGACCUUCCGGCCUUUGAGGACCUUGAGGGGGCAGCAAGGGCUCUAAUGCGGCUGCAGGAUGUGUACAUGCUCAACGUGAAGGGCCUUGCCAGAGGCGUCUUUCAGAGAGUUGCUGGCUCUGCUGUCACUGAUCUGUAUAGUCCGGGACAGCUUUUCUCCCUCACAGCAGAUGACUGCUUCCAAGUUGGCAAGGUGGCCUAUGACAUGGGGGAUUACUACCAUGCCAUUCCGUGGCUGCAGGAGGCUGUCAGUCUCUUCCGAGGAUCUUAUGGAGAAUGGAAGACAGAGGAUGAGGCAAGCCUAGAGGAUGCCUUGGAUCACUUGGCCUUUGCCUGUUUCCAGGCGGGAAAUGUUUCGUGUGCUCUCAGCCUCUCCCGAGAGUUUCUUCUCUACAGCCCAGAUAAUAAGAGGAUGGCCAGGAAUGUCUUGAAGUAUGAAAAGCUCUUGGCAGAGCACGCCAAUCAGGCAGUAGCUGAGACUGUCAUCCAGAGGCCCAAUGUACCCCACCUGCAGACCAGAGACACCUACGAGGGGUUAUGCCAGACCCUGGGUUCCCAGCCCACUCUCUACCAGAUUCCUAGCCUCUACUGCUCCUAUGAGACCAAUUCCAGCCCCUACCUGCUGCUUCAGCCUGUCCGGAAGGAAGUCAUUCACCUGGAGCCCUAUGUUGUUCUCUACCAUGACUUUGUCAGUGACUUGGAGGCUCAGAAAAUUAGAGGACUUGCAGAACCGUGGCUUCAGAGAUCCGUGGUGGCAUCAGGUGAAAAGCAGUUGCCAGUGGAGUACCGCAUCAGCAAAAGUGCCUGGCUGAAGGACACCGUUGACCCAAUGCUGGUGACCCUUGACCAUCGCAUUGCUGCCCUCACAGGCCUUGAUGUCCAACCUCCCUAUGCAGAGUAUCUCCAGGUGGUGAACUAUGGAAUCGGUGGGCACUAUGAGCCUCACUUUGACCACGCUACGUCUCCAACCAGCCCACUGUACAGAAUGAAGUCUGGGAACCGAGUUGCAACAUUUAUGAUCUACCUGAGCUCCGUAGAAGCUGGAGGAGCCACAGCCUUCAUCUAUGCCAACUUCAGCAUGCCUGUGGUCAAGAUGAUUACAUGUCUGCCUUCCCUACUGCAGCAGAGCUCCUCAAAGAACGCAGCUCUGUUUUGGUGGAACCUGCACAGAAGUGGUGAAGGCGAUGGUGACACGCUUCACGCUGGCUGUCCUGUCCUGGUCGGAGAUAAGUGGGUGGCCAACAAAUGGAUACACGAGUAUGGGCAAGAAUUCCGCAGACCCUGCAGCCCAAGCCCCGAGGACUAAAAUGUUGGCAGAGGGGAGCCCGUGGAGUCCAGAGAAGCCAGAAGCCAAAAGCCAGAGUAGGAGAGGAGAGAGGAGAGCACCCUGCUGGAGGACGGCCUCCUCAGCAUUGCCUGUUCCUUACAAAUAGGAGACAGGAAGUGGGCUUUACCAGGGAACACCUGAGAAUUUACAUUAUUUCUCC